GAGAAAACUACACGAUUUGCAAGUAAGAAACAGAAUACCUUGCGCAUAUCCUCUCCGGUUCCGAGUCACCUCUGCUGGUAGCUCUGACCGAUCCCAACAGAAGACAAAUCUCGCAAAGCUAUUCAGUUAGGAGUUCAUGAUGGGUUCUGUAACCACACAACCACUCUUCUCAUUUGGCGUCAUCGCUGAUGUUCAAUACGCAGACAUCCCAGACGGACGCUCCUUCUUAGGCACUCCUCGAUACUACAGAAACAGCAUCCUCGUCUUACAAAAAGCUGUCCAAGCUUGGAACCAACAUGGCCACCUCAAAUUCGUCAUCAACAUGGGUGACAUCGUAGACGGCUUCUGCCCCAAGGACCAAUCAUUAUCAGCCACUAAAAAACUCGUCAACGAAUUCCAAAAAUUCCAAGGCCCUGUCUACCACAUGAUAGGCAACCACUGUCUCUACAACCUCCCACGCCAAGAGCUUCUUCCUUUACUCAACAUCACUUCUCGUGAUGAUGAUAACAACGCUUACUACGAUUUUUCACCUACGCCUGAGUAUAGAGUCGUGGUGUUAGAUGGGUAUGAUAUUAGUGCUGUUGGUUGGCCAGAGGAUCAUCCCAAGACACUCGCUGCGUUGAAGAUACUUGAAGAGAAGAAUCCGAACUUGGAAAAAAACAGUCCCGAGGGGCUUGUGGAUGUUGAGAGGAGGUUUGUUAAGUAUAACGGUGGUGUUGGGGAGAAGCAGCUGGAGUGGCUAGACGGUGUGCUUAGGGAUGCGACGGAGUUGAAACAGAGAGUUAUUGUUUGUGGACAUGUGCCUAUGAGUCCUGGUGUGGCGUCUAAGGCUGCUUUGUUGUGGAAUUUUGAUGAAGUGAUGAGUGUUAUACAUAAGUAUGAUGUUGUUAAGGUUUGUUUUUCGGGGCAUGAUCAUAAAGGUGGGUAUUUUGUUGAUGCUCGUGGGGUUCAUCAUCGGUGUCUUGAAGCUGCUUUGGAGUGUCCACCGGGUACGUUUUCGUUUGGGUAUGUUGAUGUGUAUGAGGAUAAGUUGUCUCUUGUUGGUACUGAUCGGAUGCAGAGUACUGAUUUUGAGAUCUAGAGAGAGAGAGAGAGAGAGAGUUCAUGAAUGAUCAAAUUGUCUUGAAUGCAGAUAUUGUAAACAACAUUGCAUUUCUUAUUUGAUGAUUACAUUCUUUUCUUGUGGUUGUAAUAUCAUACGCCUGCUUGUACCUUUGUGUUUGUUGGUUUGGGAAUAAGGCGAAAAUAAAAUGUACAUUAGUUCAAUUGAUUGGAAUAAAGUAAUCGUAUC